GUACAACUCUCAUGCGCGUCAUUCUGGACGUACAUCACAUGAUUCGGUGUGGUCCAGAACCAGUGGUCGGUGAAUUUCUCUUGCGGUUUCGUGUCAGCAUGGAUAAAUUCAAGGACAGGCUGACGGAUAUCGGUAUAUAUCCUGAGAUUCUGGACACAGCCGUAGCAAACUUCCUGUCAGAAAUCAUUGAAAGAAUGGGGGCACCUGCUCCCGUUUUGUGUCACAAAGACCCUCGGACAUUUUUCUACCUUGCUUAUUUGGGAGAACUUUUUCCCAGAGCAAAAUUCAUCAAUAUGUUACGGGAUGGAAGAGCAGCUAUUCUUUCAUCGAUAGAACGAAAAUUGAGCAACGGAACAGAGUUGACUUUGUUAAAGAAGUGGGAAAUAUGGGUUCGCCAAAUGCAAUAUGAUUGUCAAAAUUUGGGACCGCAGAGAUGUAUGACGGUCCGUUAUGAGUUGCUUGUGCUAUAUCCGGAGAAAAUGCUGAGAAAGAUCAUGGAAUUUCUCGAAUUACCAUGGGAUCCGAAGGUUCUGGAACACGAGAAAUGGGUGGAGGAAGAAACAAACCUUACUGUAUUCGACAAAAGCACUGAACAAAUAAAAAUGAAAAUUCAUACUGAAUCACUUGGGUUGUGGGCCGAAGGUGAUUCUAUUCUCUCGGACAACUUUGUGGAAACAGCUCACAUGAAUUUUUCUCUGCUUCAAGAACUCGGUUACGAUCAUGUCGGCCUUCCUCCAAACUACCAUGCACUGUCCUGGGAACAACCAAUUGUUAGAUGGACGGACGAACACCAGGCAAGCCAACCCAUGCAAAAAUUCAUGCAAAUGCCAU